UAGGGCACCCUGUGCCUCCCCGUGCUCUCUCAGAGGUGGGUUGGCUUCUCCCCCUCUUACCAAGUCCUCGGUUCUAGGGUUUUAGUUGGAAGGGGAGAUGGCGGCGGCGGAUGUGGAGUACCGCUGCUUCGUCGGCGGCCUCGCCUGGGCCACCGACAACGCGUCCCUCCAGCAGGCCUUCGCCUCCUACGGCGACGUCCUCGACUCCAAGGUCAUCACCGACCGUGAGACGGGGAGGUCCCGCGGGUUCGGCUUCGUCACCUUCUCAACCGAGCAGUCGAUGCUCGACGCCAUCGAAGCCAUGAACGGCAAGGAGCUCGACGGCCGCAACAUCACCGUCAACCAGGCCCAAUCCCGCGGCGGUGGCGGCGGCGGCGGCGGUUACGGCGGCGGUCGCCAGGGAGGCUACGGCGGCGGCGGCGGUCGCCGUGAGGGCGGCUACGGUGGCGGCGGCUACGACGGUGGCGGUGGCGGAUACGGCGGCGGUCGCCGCGAGGGCGGCUACGGCGGUGGUGGCUACGGCAGCCGCGGUGACUCCGGUGGCAACUGGAGGAACUAAUGGGGUGGCCCUCCCGUGCUGGCAGCCAAGUUAUCCUAGAUAUCUAUUAGUGUUCGUGUUACCAUUUGAUCCGAGUUACCCCAGAGUUUAGUGUCCGUCCGUGUUACCUGUUGGUUCCCAUGUUACCGUUCCCGAGUCGUUUCCGCAAUGAAAUGAGAAGAAAAGAGUGAGCAAGGUUUUUGUUCGCAUC